UCCCUCCGCUCUCGCGAGGCUUUGUAUCCCGGAAGUAGUGGAGGACGUUCUGGGUCAACCGCGUCGCCAUGUGUGGGGACUGUGUGGAGAAGGAGUAUCCCAACCGGGGUAACACUUGUCUGGAGAAUGGGUCUUUCUUACUGAACUUUACAGGCUGUGCAGUGUGCAAUAAGCGGGAUUUUAUGUUGAUCACAAACAAAUCCCUAAAAGAAGAAGAUGGAGAAGAAAUAGUUACCUAUGAUCAUCUGUGUAAGAAUUGUCAUCAUGUAGUGGCCAGGCAUGAGUAUACAUUCAGUAUCAUGGAUGAAUUCCAGGAGUAUACCAUGCUGUGUCUGUUAUGUGGCAAAGCUGAAGAUACUGUCAGUAUUCUCCCUGAUGACCCUCGGCAAAUGACUCUGCUAUUCUAAGACUUCUCCACCUCUGUUGUGACUCUGUUGGGUUGGUUCACCAAUACAGCAAGCCUGAUGGUUUGUCUCAAAAAAUGUUCCUUGCAUAUUUUCUUUCUUGCUUAGGCUCACAAGUGCUUUGAAAGAAAAAGUGAUUAAGGGAUUGUGGUUUCCUCCAGCUGAGUCCUAAUAUUGAAGUUCCCAGUGUACAUCAGUGUGGCCAGACUGAAACAUGUUUGUUAGCGGUUUUUUGUCCAGAAAAGAAUUAGAAUGAAUGUACACUUAGUGUCCAGACCUUGAUUUCUCAUGAAAAGAACCAGGACUCCUUAGGAGAAUGACUGGUGAAGUGGGGCAGGAAAUAUGUAAGAUGAGCCUGAAGCAUCUUGGGCCCCCAAAAAUUGAAGUGCUAAAUUUUUUUUUAAUCAGUGGAUGAGGGUAUGUCGAACAAAGGGGACAAGUGAAGGAACUCCCAGUGACUAAAGCUGGAGCUGAGACAGACAGAAACACCUGACUCCUUCAUUUUUCCCUGUGCUGGCUGGAAGGGGGACAUGACUUGGCUGGUGGCCAACUUGCUUUUCCCCCUCGCUUCCCUUUGCUCCUCUGUGCACCCCAGUGGACUGGGACAGUUUGCUUUGGUGUCCUCUUUGGCUAAUCUAGUGGUAUCCUUGCUGACUAUCAAACCACCAUUCUCCAGUCCAGCGUGAGUGCUGCCAGGCAGUGUGGUGCUCCUUCCCCACGCCUACCACUUCUAUGAUACUGAAGAAUAGAGAGGGUACCCUGGAGUGGCUAAGAGCAGGAAGGGAGGGACCUGGGCCCCAUGAAUGCUAUGCGUACCCAGCAUUCAUAGCAUGCUUUUAGCCCUCACCUUCACUGAAAUAGGCUCGCAAGCUGCUGUAUAAGCAGCAUUCCCCAGCCCCUUCUGAGGUGAUCUGGAAAACACAGGCCCUCUUAAAGACUUGCUUUAGUUUUCCUGUAAAUAUGCUCAGGAUUUAUUUUUUGGGUAUAAUGGGCUCCAAAAGUCCUAUAAAUUUAUUUGAGAUUUUUAUCUUGAGUAAUAUGGACAGAGCAGUCAUUUCCAAUGAAAGACAUAAAACCAGAGCUCUUCACACCAUGGAGCUCCAGAGACCAGCAGCCAACAAAGACCAGUAGAGUCAGCUGUGGUGUCCAGCACAGCUGGCAGUGGCAGUAACCAGCAGCUGGCCGUGUUGACUGUUGGUAUCCAGCAUCAUCUGGUGACAACAAGGCUGCUAGCAGAGCUGCACUUUGCCAAUUCACAAUUUCCAUCUGAAUCAAACAAAAGAACCUUAGGUUGGUUGGAAAUGGAAUGAUUUGAAUAACAAAGUAAAGUGGGACUAGAUUUAUAACCUGAACCAUAUAGUAAAUAUGCAUGAGUUCAGGCUGACGAAUGAAUGAGUGGAUAGAUGAAUGAAUAAAUGGGAGAGAGUAAACGAAUCUGUGUAGAAUUCCAAAUGAUUUCCAUAGAUAAUCCGUACUACUACUAAUAAUCCCAAGGAGAUGGGCUGUGUAUAGUGACUGGUUUUCAAAGAGUAGAAAGGAGAGCCAGGGAUUUAGCUCAGUGGUGCCACCACCUGCCUCACAAGUGCAAGGUCCUGAGUUUGAUCCCUGUACCCCCCCCCAAAAAGAAUCACAAGAGUAAAAAAGAGAAAAAGUGACUUGACAAUGAAGAAACCUGAUAAUAGCUUGGCCAGGAGGUGACAUCACCAAUGUAAGGCAUUUUGGUAGCAGGUACCCUUGAUAAGAGUGGCAUUGUACCCCUGUGGUCUUCUAAAAAGCUUUAAUCCCAGUCAUGAGAAAAAACAUACAAAUCCCAAUUGAGCCACAUUCUGCAAAAUAUGUGACCAGUACCCCUCAAGACUAUCAAGGUCAUCAGAAACAAGGAAAGUCUGAGAAACUGUGAGGCAAGAAGAGUGUGAGAAGAUAAUGACAUCCUAAAUGGGACCCUGCACCAAAAAAAAAAGGAAAUCUGGAUAAAGUAUGAACUUGUUAAUACUGUAUAAAUGAGUAGACUGACUUCAAAGGAAUCUCUAGCAUUUAGGCCUCUUUGCUAUUUGGAAACAGUACAACCAUUAUGCAUAGCAUUACUCUGGACUUCAUUGUCCCGUUUCUAUAAAUUUGGGCUGCUAUUCUCCUUUCAUAGUAAUGUUAGAAGAUCCAGAUGCAUUAAUAAAUGUUAAAUACUUUGGAAAGCAUAUAAAGCACAAAUUCAGUGGGGUGGCUUGAGUUCUUCAGAAUUAAAGUCAAGCAGUAGAAACAAAAUUGUUUCCUUUUCAUAUUCAAAAGAUUUGGAAGUUUUGAGCUAAAGCUUUGCUUAUAUGGGGAAAAAAUGAGUGAAAGCUGGGCAUGGUGCAGGCCUGUAAUCCUAGCAUUUGGGAGGUUGAGGCAGUAGGAUUGCCCAAGAUCAGGGCCAGCCUGGGCUACGAUAAUGAGCUCCAGUCAACUGUCAUGCUUGGGAAAAACAUGUUUUUGGACCCCAUAGCAAAGAGCCAUUGAAAAGGUCGUUAAGACCGCAGAAGAAAGGAAUAAACUAAGUAAAUGAGAAAAUGCCUCCUAUUGAUACUGAUAUACCAGUCUACGGUGAUCAUCUAGAAAGUAAUGAACAUCUUAAGAGUUCAUUAUCUAUGUGUGGGCUUAAUUAUAGAGAGGUGGUGUGUGGCCAUGUGGAAAAGAUGGUGGCCUUCCAUUUCAAGUAAGCAGGAUUGGUCACAAAAUAAAAUUGCUGAAGUAAAUACAAAACAAGAAAUUCUCAAAGAAUGCAGAGGAAAAGGCCAAAGAAAUUAAACUGAGAAAAGAAGAGAAAAGGAGAAAUGUAGAGGGCCUGUGCAGGAGAUAGACUCUAUGUGUAAUAGGAAUACCUGAAACAGGACAAAGCAAAUGAAGCUGAAACUGUAAUUAAGGAACUAAUUGAAGAAAACUGUCCAGCGCUGAAGAACAAAGUAGGCCUGCAAA